CUUUUACCCCUCGCUUUAUUGUCUCAUCUGUUUCUUCCUUCACUUAAGCUAUUCAAUAUGUCUGUCUACGACGUCAAGGGCAAGAAUGCUAUUAUAACUGGCGCAGGCUCAGGAAUUUGUCUUGCCUUCGCCAAACAGCUUCUUGAAAAUGGAUGCUCUGUUAUUAUAGCUGAUCUCAAGCUCCGCCCUGAAGCAGAGGAGCUCGUCAACAAAUGGGUGAUCACUGAGGACAGCAAGCCCACUGUUCACUUCCACAAGACUGAUGUUAGCGAUUGGGCCCAAAUCUCAUCUUUAUGGGACGCAGCGCUUGAGAAGCUUGGACAGAUCGACAUCGUCUGCAAUGGCGCUGGCAUUUACGAACCUCCAUCAAGCACUUUCUGGAAUCCUCCCGGAGUCUCGCCUCUAUCUGAAGAUAAGGCUGACGGUAAUCCGGGAGUGUACAAGACCUUUGCUGUGAACGCAUUGGGGCCUAUCAGAUUGGCUCAGAUUGCUAUGGACUACUGGCUUCUGAACCGUAACGUGCAAGGUAACCUCCUUUGGGUUGCCAGCUGCGGAGGUUACCUUCACUCGUUACAGACGCCGCUUUACUUCGCUAGCAAAGCAGCUAUUGUCAGUUUUGUGAAGUCACUGUCGACGGUACGCAAGCGAUUCGGCAUUCGGAAUGCAGCUGUUUGUCCUGGUGCUGUAUACACGCCCAUCUUUCAUCCAGAGUAUUGCCGUGAUCGAGUCCGACCUGACACUCUGACACUUACCCCAGAGCAAUGCGCCAAUGUCAUGUUCCAGGUUCUAACUGAAGAGAAAUACGGCGAUGGAAACAUCAUUGAGGCGAUGCUUAUCGGAAACAAAGAGAGCAACUCGGUCAGCGUGCGAGAAGUGCCGAUGGAAGCGUUAUAUCCUACUGUUGUCGCCGAAGGAUCGCAUGAUCAUCUAUAUGAGGAGGAAGAAAAGUUGGCGAAACAAUUGGAGGCGAAGGGAAUGAGAGAAUGAUGCAAACUCAUCUUAUGAUAGAGAAAACAUUGGCUUCUUUUGUCGCUCAUGGUCAUAACUAGUAAACGACAUGCUUACUGUUCGCGGUGUACAAGGCUUACUCUUGGCUAUAGUGCAUUGCGGAUCUGAAGCGGAUUCUGUGCGGACUUUAUGCGGGUUUUAAUGUCAUAUUACCUGAGUUUGUCAGCAUAGAUACAUUGAGACGAGAAUCUCGUUACAUUAGAUAGAUCCUUCGAUAAAGAUAUGACGUGAAUAAGCUCGCUGAUUUGUCAUGAUGGAAAGGG